UAAAGGUUGCAUACAAUACAAAAACCCCUGGCGCCUAGGGUUUAAGCGACCACACCUAAACUACUCGAAAUCCUUCCUUUGGUUUCUAAGCUAUCUACUUUUCGUUUCGAUUGCGUGCUGAAGGUUUAUUACAAUGGCUUCCCAACACGAAAGCGGGUUGAGUGUCGACCCGAUUCCUAUUGGGGUCGAGACAACAAUGGCUUCGCAACAGGAGAAUCUGUUGGAUAUUGAUCCGAAUCCAGUUGGGGUGGAGACCCAGGAAGCGCAGACAGAAAAUUUUGCGACUUUGGGUUCUGUUGUUCCUAUUGAGGAAGGUGUGGAGAAGAUCAAUUUGUUGGAUUCCUCUCAUUCUUUUUCGAUUGAGGAGAAGGGUGAUAAGGAUGACAGCGGAAGUGAUAGUGAUAGUGAAAGCGGUGAUAAGGAUGACAGCGGAAGUGAUAGUGAUAAUGAAAGCGGAAGUGAUAGUGAUAGUGAAAGCGGAAGUGAGAGCGAAAGCGAAAGUGAGAAUUCAGGGUCUGAAAGUUCUGAUUCUGGUAGUGAAAGCAGUAGUACUAGUGAUAGCGAAGAGGAGAGUGAUGAUGGCGACGAUGAUGAUGAGAACGAGGUACAAGUUGAAGAAGGCGAGAUUAGUUCUGAUGAAGAAAAGGUAGCUAGUUGGAGCAUGGUUGAUGAUGAUGCCGAUCGUGAUGAUGAAGAUGGUGAUGCUGGAGUUGGACCCAUCAGGUCAAAGAACGAGCUUCAGAAUCUGCCCGUUGUUCCUCCUGUCAAUGCUGCUUUGGAACCACACCAUCAAACGUUGCCAGUGGGAAUCAUUACUUCUAUUCUUGGUGCUCAAGUCAUUGUGGAAGGAGUGGAGAAGCAUGACCCUCUUAAUGAGGGUUCUAUUCUUUGGUUGACUGAAAGUCGAAAGCCACUAGGUUUAAUUGAUGAAAUCUUUGGACCAGUCAAGAACCCUUUUUAUAUUGUUAGAUAUAAUUCUGAAAGUGAAGUUCCUGAAGGGAUCAAUGGGGGAACCUUGAUCUCGUUUGUUCCAGAAUUUGCUGAGCAUGUGCUUAAUAACAAGGAUCUUUAUAGGAAAGGGUACGAUGCUUCGGGUGCAAAUGAUGAAGAGUUAUCUGAUGAAAUGGAGUUUUCAGAUGAUGAGAAAGAGGCUGAAUACAAGAGAACGCAAAGAACUACAAAAAGAGGUGUAAAUGAUCAAAAUCAUGGUAAGAAAAAAAAUAACAGAAAGAAAUUUUCACCUAAAGAGCAUGCAGCACCAUCCAUGCCUGAUGCACCUGCUGCACCUUUGGUUAGUAAUGGAAAUUGUCCUCCUUUUCAAGGCAUUGGACAAGCUCUGUUGGGUGGAACUGCCACAGUUUCAUCAUUUCCCUACUCAAACGCAGCGCCCCCCAACUUUGCUACUCAUGGAAUUUGGACACAAGGAACAUUUCCACAGCAGCCACAGAAUGCUAUGUUUCCUAAUGGUUUUCCUGCGAAUGGGUUAUCAUGGUUGCCACAAAACACUCAAAUUCCUCCACAGCUGCCAAUGACAGGAAUUUCAUUUCAACAGCAAGUACAUGGCAAUCAGGGAUCUCUUUCCUCAACUAUGCUACCUGGGAUGCAGCCCAAUAUGUUUGCUCAAUCCAUAUAUGCAGCAGGGCUUGUUGGUCAAAACCAAAUGACAUUUGGGAUGGGAUCACCCUUCCCACAGAUUCAGCCACCUGUACAACAGGGAUUUCCAUCCAAUUCUGGCGCGCCCCCUCAGUUUCAUGCACGUCCAUCUGGUAAUCGUGGAAGAAAAAGAUUUCAUGGUGGAAGGAAAGGGUGGCGACCAACUAAGUGAAGUUCAUUUAUUGUGUAAUCCAUUGCAAACUGAACUGAUAUAUUGAGUCAGGCUAUUUUCCAAGGAAUGUAUUGCAAAUGUAAAUUUCUUGUAAGCCUUUGAAUUUUGAAAUGAAUUAGGCAAGUUCUUGAA